AUGGCAGUAAGACUGUUAUUUAUGAUUUGCGGGUUGAAAUUUGUAAUCGGGAAACAAGAAGGUUUUAUAGUCGGUGGUGAAUUUGUUAAUUCUGUUAACAAUUUCCCUCAUGUUGCUGCUUUAGUGAUGUCUGAAGAAGAUUCAGAAGAAACCCUUUGUGGGUCAUCGAUACUGAACCAAAAGAUUUUGUUAACUGCUGCCCACUGUCUUAUAACCGCAGUGAACAUUACAGCACAUGCGGGAACGUUAGAUAAGUACAAGGGAAAUAUACAUCGCGUAGACCGCGUGAAGGUGCACAAACAGUAUGAUGACUUUACUGUAGCUAAUGAUAUAGGCUUAGUUAGACUGAAGAAACCUUUGUCACUCGGAAAGACCAUGAAGAAAGUGAUAUUAAUGAAGAAACCGCCAAAAGUAAAAAUGGCUGAAGUGGCUGGUUGGGGCUUAACAAACAUACAGACAGGGGUAUUUCCAAGACUACUUAAGUACACAACACAAAAGUUGUGGACCCAUAAACAGUGCAAAAAAGUUAUGAAAUUCCCCGAGGUUCCCGACUUCCGGUUACCCAAUGGAAAGUUUUGCGGUGGUGAGAUGAAUGCCCGAGGAAAUUACCCUUCCUUUGGUGAUUCCGGCAGUGGUCUCAUGGUUAGCAAAAAUAUAAUUAUCGGGAUAGUAUCCUGCUCUGCCCCCACAAUAUCGCAAUCCUUGAUGAUGUACACGGACGUACCAUACUACUACAAGUGGAUUAAGGUCGAAUCGAGAAGAUUAGCAUGCUCUUAG